AUGGCAUCAAUAUUUCUAGAGCUCCUCGCCAUGGCAUCUUCAAUAACUACCCAAUUCUUGCGACUUAUACGUCUGGAAUGGACCCCUUCUAUUAUCCUACUUCGGCAUUUGAAGAUGAUCCUCUGGCAACGCCCCAAAACUCUGAACGACAUGCCCUACGACGUGGUCUUUGUCCUUUGCCAUUACCUUUCCGUUCGGGACCUAUGCAAUUUGCGAGAGACUUCGACACAACUUUCCGGUCUUGUGCGAGAUAGGUCGAUCUGGCUUCUGGCUUUGCGCGACAUCUUGGAAGUUCGGCCGAUUCCUCGACUCAGUUUUAGCCUAGACGAAAUGGACCUGGAUGAGGUUAUGACAGCUACCUUGCGACUGACUACCUUGGACCGUAAACUUAGGGGGGUAGACCAAAUCACAACCUUCAAGAUCGCUCGAUCAUUUCAUGCGGACGGUCUUAUUCCAGUGCCUCUUCCCGGUGGCCGCCAUUUCCUCACUUUGCAAAACUCCGAACGCAACCUGGUAGUACAUGAUUGGGAUGCGGACACUCUAACAGAUGGCCGACUCCUCAUGCCACCUUCUGAGCACCCCAUAUAUUUAUGGCGUGCGGUUCCCGUCAGUUCCACCACCGUCAAUGUGGUCGUCGUAUCAUUGGAAGAACUGGAAGAAUGCGAUGACCGUGGCGAACCAUUGCCCCGUACACAUAUUACAAUUUACCACUGCAACGCCGACGAAGGAACAUCGAAGCAGAUAGAUUACUUUUCGGUGAAUCCCAAGAUCUGGGCGCUAUUUGUGGAUACAACCCACCUGGCACUCCUAUGGGAUGAUCCCGAUGACUGUCAACAUGCGUAUAUCCGUAUGUACACCAAGGGGCUGCAGACGGAUAUCAUGAGACUCAAAGAUCCAAAAUGCCCCUGCCGAGGAUCCAUCACCAUGAUAUCGCAAGGCUACUUCAUCGUUGUUAAUGGCAAUGGCACCUUACAUCGGAUGUUCACAAUACCUCGUAUGCACCCAGUUGCCAGCACGCACGUCGCCGAUGCGCCCGUGUACCACCCAUCUAUCUGGCGCUCAGUUCAGGGAGGUGAUUGCCUACAGACCCCUCGAGUUGCCUCAUUUCAACCGACACCAAGCAACGGUCCUCCGCUUGAAUUCAUCGUUUGGACAGGGCGGUGCCGACACAUCAUGACUCUCUCCUCCCUAGACGGUCAUGUUACCUAUAACGUCGACAGGCAGCGCAUGUGGCCCGACGUGCCGUUCAGUCUAGGGAACGAUGACACAAGUUCCAUGGGCAGGUUUUCGGGCGUUCAUCAUCUACCGGAUAAGUUGAUUAGGUUAUUCGCUCUUCCUAUUACCCACCCAACAAGUCGUGGAUUAAUGCGCCUUGACAUUUUCCCGUCUUCACCCCACAUCCAAGUGACAAAAUUAACUUGUCCCGGUCUGUUAGAGAACGAAUUUGUCUAUGAACUAUCUUAUGACGAGGAAUCUGGGCGUCUCUGUCUUGCAUACGAAGACAAAAUAACUCUCGAUAGACGAAUAGUAUUGGUUUAUUUGUGA